AUGGCUUUCGCAACACAUUUACCAGGACCGAUGGAAGUAUCUAGUGCUCUUACACCAGCAAAAUGCCAGGCACAAUUCGAACUCGGCAUCACACUCUCCCUCUUCUUCUGGCCUUCAUUAUCCCUCGCAGUGACGAACAACUGGGGUGGUCCCGAUAGCAGCGAUAAGCGGGAAUGGUUCGCACAAACGACGAUCGAUUUAUUGAACGAAAAUCCGGACGCGGACGGAGAAUGGUUGGAAACUUUCCUGCUACAGGUUAUGCUGGAUGAGUUCGAGGUCAAUGUGGAUGAUGAGAGUGGUUACGAAGUUGCGGAGCAGAUUCUGAGGCUGAGGAGAGAUUGUGGGAAAGGCGAUUUCAAAGAGGUGGAGGAGAUGAAAUCGAAGUGGGAUAAUAAAGGUGGGAAGGAGGAUAUGGGCAAGCUAUUUGAGAACAAGGAGAGAAACGAAGAAGACGACGAGACAGAUGCUUCAGAGGAUGACGACGAAGAUGAGGAUGUCGAUAUGGAGGAAGCCCCGCAAUUGGUCAGAGUAAAAGAGCCAGUGGUCCCGGAGGUCGACGAGGAUGGUUUCACGAAAGUCACCAAGAAGAAGAGAUGA